AUGUCCCGAGCGGAACAAGCUGCCCUCGUGGCAUACUUGAACACCUUCAAGCUGUCUAGACCAGUCACAGCUUUCAAAGACUUGUCGGAUGGGAAGGCCUUGAUGGAGAAUGUCUCCAACCGCACUCCUACUCCUGCUGCCUCAGGAUCGGCAGAGAAUUGGGUAUUGCGGAUGAACACUCUCAAGCGACUUUAUCGACUCUUACUUUCCUUCCCCCUCCCUUCUCCACACGCAGCAAACCUAUCACUCUCCAACCUACCCGAGCCUCCUUUUUCCACUAUUGCCAAAGCACCAUCUACAUCGGAAGGAUCAAAAGGUCUCGCUCAGAUAUGCAGGAUGUGCCUUGCUGUGGGUGUAUGGGCACCGGGAAACGAACAGGUCAUAGCGAAGAUACAAGGGUUGAGACAGAGUCAUAUGGCUGAGUUGAUGAAGAGUAUCGAAGAGGUUAUGGCUACGUUGCCUCAAGAGGAAGGAGCAGAAGAUGAAAUCCAUUCGCCAUUUGGUACUUCACCUACCAAGCAGUCAACGGACUUUUCACCGCCGCCAUCGGGUAUACGUCAAGAACGCGAUAAGCUUCUUCAGGAUAACGAUGAAUUACGAGCUAGAUGCGAGAAGAUGUUGGAACAGGUCGAAGCAUUGACCUCAAAUUUGGACGAGAUCAAAGGAGAACGAGACGAUGCGUUGGCACGACUGGCAGCUGCUCGGGCGGAUCCUUCAGCUCAAGGAACAGGAUUGAGGACUAGUCAGACGGCUGCUACUGCAGAAUUGGACAGAUUACGGACGGAUCUAGGCAAAGCCGAAGAGAACCUAGCGCAUACUGAGAGCGACCUUGAGAAACAAACGAAUUUGGUAUCAGAAUUGACCAGAACAGUGGAAGAACUAAAAGAACAAGCUGCAGAAGCUGUCAAACUCCGAGAUCAAGUGGACGAGUACAAACACGCUGCCGAGCGAUUGAAGAAAUCUGAGAACGUAACUGAGAAAUACAAAAAGAAGCUCGAAGAAUCUGCUGGGCUAAGAAGAGAAUUGAGGAAUCUGGAGGAGGAGAAUGCGCAGCUGGUGAACACCAAUGCAUCUCUCGAAGCGGAUCUUAAGAAAGCAGGAUCGUCCAAAGGACUCGUAGAUAGCUACAAAUCUCAGAUAGAAGCGCUAGAAAAGAAGUCGGCUGAGCAAGCUACUCAGAUUACCGAAUUAAACCAUCAGCUCGAACUGACUCGUGCAGAGUUAGACGACAUAUCGAGGGAAUAUGAGAGGGAUCAAUCACAACUUGAAGCUCAGCAAGAACGUCUCAAAGAAAUUGAGCUGGGUGCACCUGGCUUGAAAAGGCAGGGGUCCAGAAUAUCCGUGAUGGGCAGCAAGACUACGCUGGAUGAUGAGCUUGGCGUGGUCGAUGAGGACGGCGAUGUAAAAGUGGAUACCAAGACAGACUUGAGACUCAAGAUACGUUCGCUCCAACGGGAACUUGCUGAUCUCCGGUCUGGCUCGGCGGCGGGAGAUAUUAGUAAACUGGCCACGCUUGAAACUCUCUUAGCGGACGCGAACAAGUCGAGGGAUAGAUAUCAGUCUGAUUAUCUCCAGGAACACCGAGCGUUGUUGCGAUUGCAAGCUACGUUGGAACGUAUAAGAUCAGGACAUGGAGGUGAUAAUUCUCAAACUGCUUCUGCAUUACGGGAACGACUUAACGAGGUACUGGAAGAGAGGGAUAUGCUAUUGAAGGAGAAAGAGGCCUUAGAAGUGGGCCGAGAAGAGGUUGACAAGGAAUUAGCGAUAGCUCAGACCGAUCUGGGACUGGUUGACAAAGACCAAAAAGCCAUAUUAAGAUCACUUCGAGAAACGGUCAAAGAAGAUACUGUCAAACUUGAGAAUGAGAUUAGCGAACUCAAAGAACAGGUACAUGCUCUCAAGGAGAAGGAUCGGCAGCAUUUGGAGGACAUCAAGAGAUUAUUGCUUGAAAAAGUCGAUUUACAAUCCGCGGGUAUCGAGAACAAGGAGAGAGAGUUGGAGAAGGAGAAAGAGUUUGGUGACCUACGAGCAUCUCUCGCUUCGAAGAGGCUACCGCAAGAGGUUCAACAACAGCUGCUAUCGUUGCUCUCGCAAAAUUCGGAUCUAUCGGCUCAGGUGAAGAGCCUGGAUGAGAAGCUGCAGAAAGCCAAGAUGUUCAUCAAGCAGCAAGAUAAGAUGUUUAGAAAAGAUCAUGCCAACAUGGAAUCCGGUGAUUUCGCCGAAGCGUCCAAAUCGUACCAACUCCAGAUAUCUACGUUGAAAGAGGAUCUAUUGAGAGCGAGGCAAAAUACCGCAGCGCUUGAGAAUAGAUAUAAAUCGGAACAGAAGUUGAUGCUCUCUGCGUGGCAUGAUCUUGGACAACGGGCUAUCAGAGAUCACCUUCACUCAGCUGGACUGAGAAGGGUGCAGAAGCCUGUGGCUAGUAGCUGGCUAGGAAGGCAGAGGAGGAUGCAAGAUGAAGCUACUUUUGCUAGAUGA